CCACCCCACCGCCACCUCCAAGUCCCCGGCGACGCUCCUCCUCGACCUCGCCGCCGCCCGCUCCAGCCUAGGGUUUGAGGCUCCCCGGUGGCCGUCGGAUCUCGUGGCCUCCCUCGAUGCCCAUAUAAGGAGCACGUCUCCCCCUGAGGCUCUCGACCCAAUCUCUCUCGCGCUCUAGGGUUUCCGCCGCCUCGACGACAAUGGGAUUGGGACGCACGGUGGUGUCCGACGACGAAGAAGAGGACUUUAUCGAGGCUGAGGAGGAGGAGGAUGAACCGCGGCCGUCACGGAGGGGCAGGGAUGAUGUCGACGAGCAGGACGACGACGAUGAUGAGGAGGACGAGGAAGAGGAGGGACAGAAUGAAUAUGAGAAGGAUGGCUUCAUCGUCGAUGACGCGGAUGAGGAUGAAGAGGAGGAGGAAGAGGAAGCAAGAGCAAGUGAUGAUGAAAGACGCAAGAAGAAAAAGAAAAAGAAGAGGGAAUCAGAGGAUUUUGAGCUUGAUGAGGAUGACUACAUGUUGCUCCAGGAUAAUAACAUCACUGGCAUCCAUCGUCCGAAGCCUGCUGGAAACAAAUUUAAGCGGUUGAAGAAGGCAGGAAGGGAAUCUGAAAUGGGUGAGCAUUCUGGCUUCUCUGAUGACAAUGCAUCGGGUAAAAGGCGUACCGCCGAGGAGAAAGUUCAGUAUUCCUUGUUCGGAAAUGAAGAGCCCUUUGAGGAGGAUAUUGUCGAGGAGGAUCAGCAAGCAGAUGAAGAUGAUGUUGCUGAAGAUGACAUGGAUGAUGAAAUGGCUGACUUCAUUGUGGACGAAGAGGAAAUUGAUGGGAAUGGCCAAGUUGUGAAAAGGAAGAAGGUUAAAAGAAAGCCUCUUAGACAAGCUGCAGGUGUUUCAUCAUCUGCUUUGCAAGAGGCCCAUGAUAUAUUUGGGGAUGUUGAUGAGCUUUUAGCACUAAGAAAGCAAGAGCUUGAGAGGGAUGCUAUUAAUUCUGGCGAGAUGAGAGGAAACAGGCUUGAAGAUGAGUUUGAGCCAUUUAUUCUUGCAGAGAAGUAUAUGACACCGAAGGAUGAGCAAAUCAAAGAAAAUGAUGUACCUGAGAGGAUCCAGCUGUCUGAGGAAUUAACUGGUAAUCCUCCGGGUCUAGAGGAGAAUUCAAGGAGGGAGGAAGAGAGUGUAUGGAUACACCACCAACUCACUGGUGAUGGAUUUCUCUCCUUUUUUGGCAAUGAGCGUGCGAACAAGGAGAUUGAACAGACUGACAUUGUGAAUGUCUUGUAUAUGCUACAUGUCAACAAAUUUGAAAUCCCAUUCAUUGCAAUGUAUAGGAAGGAAAGCUGCCCAAGUCUGUUGGACCAUGAUGUCCAUGAACCAGAGUAUAAAGAAGGCAAACGUGAAAUGAAGUGGCAUAAGCUGCUUUGGGCUGUUCAGACCUUAGACAGGAAGUGGCUACUUCUGCAGAAGCGCAAGCUUGCUUUGCAGAUUUAUUAUGAACGAUUCGAGGAAGAGAAACGAAGAAUAGAUGAUGUUACAAGGCAGACACUCAAUCGGCAGCUUUAUUACUCUAUUAUUGAAGCACUAAAUGAUGCAAAAUCUGAGAAAGAGGUGGAAGAUGUGGACGCGAAGUUCAAUCUACAUUUUCCUCCCGGCGAAGUUGAAGAGUUAGGUCAAUUUAAGCGACCGAAAAGGAAAUCCCUAUACAGUAUUUGUCACAAGGCAGGGCUGUGGGAGGUUGCUAACCAAUUUGGCCGGAGUGCUGAGCAAUUAGGCCACCAUCUAACUUUAACGAGCGUACCUGAAGCGGGCGAGCUUGACAGCGGGAAAGAUUCUCCUGAAGAUGUUGCUACAAAUUUCACAUGUGCAAUGUUUGAAACUCCACAAGAUGUUCUUCGGGGUGCCAGACACAUGGCAGCUGUUGAGAUCGGCUGUGAGCCUAUUGUAAAAAAGCAUAUCAGGGGUAUCUUCAUGAACAAGGCUGUUGUCACAACAAAGCCCACACCUGAGGGCAAUUUGAUCAUAGAUCCCUACCACCAACUAUCAGGUGUUAAAUGGCUGCGAGAGAAACCACUAAACAAGUUUGUAGAUGCACAGUGGCUUCUUAUUCAGAAAGCAGAGGAAGAAAAGCUCCUCAAGGUUACCAUAUCAUUACCAGAGGAUGCAAAGAAAGAGCUCAUGUCUGAGGCUCGUGAGAAUUAUCUAAGUGACUGUGUCAGCAAGUCUGCACAAUUGUGGGAUGAGCAACGGAAGAUGAUACUGGAUGAUGCCUUCCUCAAUUUUCUUCUUCCAUCAAUGGAAAAGGAAGCUCGAGCGCUGUUGACAGCAAAAGCCAAAAGUUGUCUCCAUAUGGAAUACGGACAGCAGUUCUGGAACAAGGUUUCUGUUGCUCCAUGGAAGAAGAAGGAUUCUGACAAGAAGGAUGCUGACCUUGAUCUGGAUGAUGAAUCAGAGCUGAGAGUUAUGGCCUGCUGCUGGGGUCCUGGGAAGCCAGCAACCACGUUUGUAAUGUUAGACUCAUCAGGAGAAUUGGUGGAUGUUUUGUAUGCUGGUUCUCUCAGUAUUAGAUCUCAAGGCGUUGCUGAGCAGCAGCGGAAGAAGAACGAUCAGCAGAGGGUUUUGAAGUUCAUGACUGACCAUUCACCGCAAGUUGUAUGUGUAGGAGCAUCAAAUUUGAAUUGCAGACAACUCAAGGAUGAUAUCUAUGAGGUUAUUUUUAAAAUCGUUGAAGAUCAUCCAAGAGAUGUGAACCCGCAAAUGGAAAAUUUUAGCAUUGUCUAUGGUGAUGAAUCCGUGCCUCGGUUGUACGAGAACUCUCGCAUAUCUUCAGAUCAGCUGCCUGGCCAGUCAGCUAUCGUGAAGCGUGCGGUGGCGCUUGGUCGGUACUUGCAGAAUCCUUUGGCGAUGGUUGCAACACUCUGUGGACCUGGGAAAGAGAUACUGUCAUGGAAACUCCACCCCCUUGAUCAGUUCCUUACUCCUGAUGAGAAGUAUGAAGUUGUUGAGCAAGUAAUGGUCGAUGCUACAAAUCAGAUUGGCUUUGAUGUUAAUCUUGCUGCUAGUCACGAGUGGCAUUUUUCCACUUUACAAUUUGUUGCUGGUCUGGGGCCACGUAAAGCUUCAGCGUUGCAGAAAGAAUUGGUGAGAGAGGGAUCCAUCUUUAGUCGCAAGGAGCUGGUAAAACCUCUUGGAAGGAAGGUAUUCAUGAAUGCGUCUGGGUUUUUACGUGUCCGACGAAGUGGUGCAGCUGCAGGCAGUGCUCAAAUCAUUGAUCUGCUUGAGGAUACAAGGAUCCAUCCUGAAUCAUAUGCGUUAGCAAAGAAUUUGGCCAAGGAUGUCCAGUCCGAGGACGCAGAUGAAGUGAAUGAGAUGGAUGAUGAUGAGCAAGAGAUGGCAAUUGAGCAUGUAAGAGAGAAGCCAAAAAAACUUGUGAGUCUUGAGAUCGAUGAAUACAUGAAGAGUAUUCCGGAGGAGUCUCGUAAAAGGGAAACAUUGUAUGACAUUAGGGAAGAGCUACUGCGUGGCUUUUCUGACUGGAGGAUCGGCUAUGCUGAGCCAAGUCCAGAUGAGGAAUUCUGGUUGCUUUCUGGUGAAACUGAGGAUAACAUAACAGAUGGAAGGAUUGUUCAAGUAACUGUCCGUAACAUACAAGAGAACCGAAUAAUGUGCACAUUUGAUUCUGGUUUGAAAGCCAUAGUUAUGGGAGACAAUUAUUCUGAUGAAGGCUAUGAUCCAGAAUCACUUCAGUUGCAUGAAGGUGACGUAUUAACUGGCAAAAUUAAGAAUGUGAACAAAAAUAGGUUCAUAGUUUACCUAACAUGCAAGAUCUCUGAAUUGAAGAGAAGGCCUUUCUCCAGAAACAAUCAUGAUCCGUACUAUCAUGAAGAAGAUAUCAUUCCAAGCCAGAAUGAUAAGAUCCGGAAACAGAAGGAACUUGCAAAGAAACAUUACAAGCCUCGGAUGAUUGUUCAUCCUCACUUUCAGAACUUCACAGCAGAAGAAGCAAUGCAGUUCUUGGGAGACAAAGAGCCUGGUGAGAAGGUCAUUCGGCCUAGUUCUAGGGGCCCAUCAUUUCUAACACUUACCUUGAAGAUAUUUGAUGGUGUCUUCGCACAUAAGGAGAUAACUGAAAGUGGCAAGGAUCAUAAAGAUAUUACAAGUUUACUUCGCCUUGGAAAGACGCUGACCAUUGAUAAUGAAACUUUUGAAGAUCUUGACGAGGUAAUAGACAGAUAUGUGGAUCCAUUGGUAGGUCACCUGAAAAGCAUGCUCUCCUAUCGUAAAUUCAGGAAGGGGUUAAAAGGAGAGGUUGAUGAAAUGUUAAGGGCAGAGAAGACAGAGAAUCCUAUGAGAAUAGUCUAUUGUUUUGGCAUAUCCCAUGAACAUCCAGGCACCUUUAUAUUAUCCUACAUUAGGAGCACAAACCCACAUCAUGAGUAUGUAGGGUUAUACCCAAAGGGCUUCAGAUUCCGGAAGAAGGAUUUUGACAGCAUCGAUCGCCUUGUGUCAUAUUUCCAGAAACACAUUGACAAACCACCACCGGAAUCUGGCAUGUCAAUGCGAAAUGUUGCUGCAAUGGUUCCUAUGAAGAAUUCAGAUUGGGGUUCUGGUGGUGCUAAUGAUGGGUGGAGGGGAGAUGGUGACAAUGGUAGGGACAGACCUUUCUCUGGAAGAUCAGGAGGUAGGUUUGAUUCAAGGGACAGCUCUGGUGGCCGUGGUCGUGGGCGCGGGCGCGGGCGUGGACGAGGUAACUUCGGCAGCGAUGAUGGUGGUGGUGGCGGCGGCAACAGUGGUUGGACUGAUAACAUUGGCAGUGGUGGAGGUGCAUGGGGCUCUGGCGGAGGAUCUGGAAGUGGAGAUCCCGGAUGGGGCGGCGGCGGUGGUGACAAUAACCGUGGCGGCGGUGGAGAUGGAGGCUGGGGUGCACCUGCAGCUGCCUCAGACGCUGGUGGUGGAGGCUGGGGAGCACCUGCCGCUGCCUCUGAUGCUGGUGGAGGUUGGGGAGCAGCUGCUCCUGCUGGCUCUGGUGCUGGUGAUGACUCGGGAUGGGGCAGCGCCAAAAAGGCGGUUCCAGCACAAGAUGGCGGAAGUGGUGGUUGGGGUACCGGUGGUGGGGGCUGGUGAAGGGUGCGCCGUGCUGCCUGCAUAAACCCUUCGUAGAACUAUCAAAUGGGAAACUUUUUUUUGUUUGAAUCCUGUUAAAGACUCUGCUUACUGCUAUCGACGGGAGAAAAUUGCCACUAUGUUGGGACUUGCUAAUCUACUAGUUGCUGUGGUCUUGUGACUUUCUGGACGGCCUUAUAUCUGAAUGCAUGUACAGGUUCCGUGCA